AUGCGUGGACAAGGCAAAGGCAAGAACGGUGGUCAACGUCGUAAAGACGGAAGGCCAGCGGGCAGUGCGGAACAAGGAGAUCUGGUGACCGCCAUGGCGCGACUAGUCCAUCGCCACGACGAGCAGUUGAUGGCCUUGACAACAGAUCUCGGCUACAUCUCGUAUGUGCGCACAGAUGCUCACUCUGUCUUGCCAGAGCUCCACGAGGAGAGCAAGCGCCAUCGGGCCAUGCUGGCCCCGGCGGCUCCUCCACGCCACGCCAUGACUCUCAAGUUCCUUCUAGAACUUAGAAGUCGCGUGUUGAAGGUAGGCCAGUCUGCAACAGUACAGCAGAAGAUCAAGCACCUCACGAGCCAGGGGGAGUGGCCGUACUUUGAGUGGAGCCCAGACAGCCAGACCAUGGUUGAAACUCUGGAAGAUCCCCUGAGCACCUCCCAGCUCUUGGCUGGAAUCGGUGACGUGAUCGCCCGCCUCGAAGCUGACACCACGCAAGUGACCCUGUUCAAAGCCUCUCGCCCCAUCACUGACAAGAUGUCAGGUGCGACGAGCGAGGAGAAGCUCCCGCGAGGCAAGCUAGAGCACAGCAGAGCCUCAAAGUGGAAGCCGGAAGGGAGCUCCUUCAUCACACAGGUGCAGAUGCUCAUACAGGGCAAGGCCGCGAAGAUUAAGGCGCAGCUCAUGAUGCUGGCAGUGGAGGUACUCGCUGCCACAAAGGUCAAGCAACUUCACUCCAAUUUGCAGCAACCUUCGCGGCUAUGA